GUCGCGCGUAUCCGACUCGUAGGCAAAGUCGAAAGUAUUACUCGUGGGGAACUUCGUGGACCGAAAGUGGUGGACGCACGGCCGCCGUCCGACCGCGGCCAAUGCCAGUCACCAGUGAAACGUGAAACGCGAAACUGGGCGAAAGUUUUGUCCUGAUCGCUGGUCGAGGAGGGAGACCACGAUUUGUCGUGAAUUCGUACCGAUUCUUUAUUAGAGCUCGUCCACACCAUCCGGACAGCUCAUUCGGGUAACGAGUGUCGCGUUCUGUCCUCGCACCUGUUGUGUUCGCGUACCUUGUUCGGUUACAGUACUCUGUUAUUUGUUUAGAGUAUUUUGACCGUGGAAGAGGAAGUGCAGUCGUGGUCGAAGGAAGGCUACACCUUUCGUUAUAAAUGCGAAGAAGACUCCCUUCCACCAGCGAUCACAAGCCUAAUUGCUCUACGGAACGUCCGAUUCCCCCGGUCGCAACAAAAGACGCCAAGAUAAUUCAGACAUGCACGAGGGUAAGCUGUGACCAAGCUGAAGAAGAAGAGGACCAAACAUGACGCGAUCAGGGGAAAAGCUUCCUUCGAUUUCGUUGGUACUCCGCUGGUUUACCUUGGCGACGUUCCUGGUGGUCGUUGACCGUCUUGAUCUUGCGACAGGGUGCCAGUUUUACCCAAUAGGAGAGUAUCUGAAGUUUGUUAGAGUACCGGAAAAUCUGGCUAAAGGCACGGAAAUUCUAUCGCUAGAAGCUCAUCCGAGAAAUCAUAUUUCAAUAAUGCCAGUCGAUAAAGACGAAGACGCUCGUUUCUUCACGCACAGGGAGAUGAAUAGGACGCACGUCUCUCUGGUGCUGGCCCAGUCUUUGGAAGACCUGGUGGACGCGGAGAUGCCUAGAAAUCUGCUCAAGUUCCGCGUCGUCUGCGAUUAUUCCGAUGGUGGCGAUUCCUUGGUGACGUCGCACCUGUCAGUGACGGUCUACGUGGAAGACAUAAACGAUCAUGCUCCACAAUUUGUCGAUGCACCUUAUCACGUAACUGUGGACGAACUUACUCCAGUUGGCGUGACGAUAUUUCGUGGGAUUCACGCAGUCGACGGGGACAAACCGAACACGCCGAAUAGCGACGUGCACUACGCGAUAGUGAAAGGCAACGAGCAGGGCAAAUUUUCACUCGAAUCCGGCCACAGAACUGCUCUCAUACUCCGUAAACCGGUAGACUACGACAACGGUGACCGCGAGUUCACGUUGGUUAUCGCGGCUACGGAUCGAGGAGUGCCAGCUAGGAGUACCAACACAACCGUCAAAAUCACGAUAUUGGACAACGAUGAUCUGGAUCCUAAGUUCACCAGGGACGUGUACAAAGCAAAAAUUUACGAGUUCUAUCCGAUGCCGGAAUACCCGAUCUUUAAACAGAUCAACUUCUCCACACCGAUCCAAGCUACCGACUGUGACAGGAACAUAAACAUGUCUGUGCGGUAUGACAUAAUAUCUGGCAACGAACGCGGUUUCUUUCACUUGGACCCAAAGAACGCUAGCCUGUUCCUCAAACGUCCGAUCGAUCUGGACGCCGAACGGAACCUACCAUCCAACACUUUCAUUCUACAAAUUCAUGCUUCCCAAGUGGACAAUCCCCUGAAGACAGCGGGAGCUCGCGUCGAGGUGGAAGUUCUAGACCUAAACGACAAUCUUCCCGAAUUCGAGGUGGACCUGUAUAAUAUCAGCAUCGUAGAGAAUCUGCCGAAUGGCUUUAGUGUGUUGCAAGUGAUUGCGCGUGACAAGGACCAAGACGAGAAUGGACAGUUCGAUUACGAACUUCGAGAUCCAUCCGGUGCCUUCUCAGUCGACGCUAAAUCCGGUUGGUUAACGGUGAAGGACCAGUCGGUUCUCGAUCGAGAGAAGCGCGAUCAUCUGCGAAUGAAGGUCGUGGCGAUCGAGAGAAAACCUAGCGUCGUUUUACGCAACGGGUCGCGGAAAAUGGAUGGUUCUUCCGUGGACGUCGAGGUGACAUUGCUCGAUGCCAAUGACAACAAUCCAAUCUUCGUGCCUGGCAAUCUCUACGAGUUGGUUGCUAAAACGGACUAUAAAGUGGGCACGGUGCUUGGCCAGGUGUACGCGGUCGAUGACGACCUGGGUCCCAAUGGCAUGGUAAGAUACAGAUUGCAGAAACCGGGGAACUCGACGACUCGCACACCACCGUUUAUGGUGGAUGAAAUCACCGGUAUGAUUACGGUCGCCGAGAGUCCGAUCCUCGAGGGAAGGCACGCGAUCUUCGUCGAGGCGGCGGAUCAACCGGCGAAUCCGAGCGAGAGGAGAUUCUCCCUAGCUGUGGUUACUGUGGAUGUUUUCAGAUCGAAUGGGCCGGAAUCGCUCGAGCCGGACUUUGUGGGGGCUCCUUAUGAAUUUUGGGUCGGUGCCAAUGUGGCAGUCGGUACUAGCGUCGGUCAGAUACGUUUGAACGACGCCGUGAAGACCAACGACCUGAUCUACGAUCUUUUACACAGCUACGAGGAGGGUGUCCCGUUUGCCGUGGAGGAGCGUUCGGGAACGAUCACCGUGGUCGAGGAGAUCGAACGAUUCGAUAGAUUGACCUACGACUUUGAAGCGAUCGUCACAGACGAAAGAGAUCUCAUGUUGAUUACUAACGUGUCCAUCCACGUGGUAGACCCUAGUGACGAGCGAGGCAUCUUUACGAAGGGAACGACCACCGCUCCUUUGGUGUUCCAUGCGAAGGAGAACGUAGCUGGUGCGUACAUCGGACAAGUGCUUCCCCAGAAUGGGACCGGCGCGGCCACUGCUGGCACUCGGUUCUUUAUCGUCAAUCAGCAGGAUGUACCCGACAUCUCGAUCACGGAGGAUGGCGCCCUGUACGCGCCUAAGGGUCUCGAUCGCGAGACGAGGCAGAAUUACAGCAUCACCGUGAUUGCAGAGAGUCCACGCGGCGUCGGUGUCUUCCAAGUCAGCGUGAUCGUCCUCGAUGAGAACGAUCAUGCGCCAGAAUUCACAAUGCCACUGUACGAGGGUCGAAUUCUGGAGAACAGUCCAGCCGGAACAAAAGUGAACUUAUCGAUACCUAUCGCGGCUACUGACAAAGACGAAGGCGUCAAUCGGAACUUUGUCUUUAGCCUUCACGGCGAGGGAAGCGAACUGUUUAGAAUCCAUCCAACUACGGGUUUAGUGUACUUCGAAGGAAUCGAUGACCGCAUGCUAGACAGGGAAGUGAAAGCAAACUAUAGUUUCACGAUCGUUGCUAAAGACAGUGGCGGUUUAACAUCCGAAGCGCGGCUGAAGAUAAUAGUAACCGACGUGAACGACAAUGCUCCGAGUUUUAUCCGAAUGAUCGUGCUCCCCGAUCAAGGUGUUCGCGUGUCGAGCGAACCUGAUACCGAGGCAUCAUUCGAAGGGAAUGACGUGCUUGAUACGAGCGAGCCCGGUGCCGGAAGUCAGCCACCGAACAGCCGUCGUUCGCCUCUUCUUCUCGUGCCAGAGAAUGCGACCAUUGGCGCGCCGAUAAUACGUCUGCUCGCGGAGGACAAGGACGAAGGAACAAACGCCGCGAUAACGUACAGCCUGGGGAACGAGACGACUUCUGGAGACGAUGUAAAGUCACGACGAUUCGACACCACCAACCGUAGAUACUUUCAUUUGGAUCCAAGGUCGGCUGAAAUAUCAGUAGCCAGAGGACUUCCAGCUGAGAAGAGCAUUCGUUUGUUCGUCCUAGCGAAAGAUUCUGGACGACUAUCUGACAAUAUCACCAUAAGGAUUCACGUGGUAGACGUGAACGAUCACGCGCCGAUCUUUGACAAGUCUUGGUACACUUUUGACGUGCCAGAAGGAAGUUACGCAGGCUACAAUUUGGGCGCUGUUCGAGCCAUUGAUGCAGACUUUGGAGUCAAUGCAAACGUCAGUUACGAAGCUGUCUCCGGUAAUGAUAACCUGGAGGAUCCUGCGAACGUGUCUAGGAUCUUUAACGUUGCUCCUUACGAAGGAAUUAUUAGAGUCACUGGAGUUUUGGACAGGGAGACUGCAGCUACUCAUCGUCUUGUGGUCAUGGCUCGUGAUAAUGGCUCUCCAAGAUUAAGUUCUACCGUGGAGGUAGAAGUGAACGUGUUGGAUGUCAAUGACAAUCCACCUAUGUUCUACAAUUAUCACGAAAUCGAGAAGAGUGAGAAUGGAGAUCCCAUACCGGUCUACCACGCAUCGAUCUUUGAAAACAGUCCUAUUGGCAGUCAAGUGAUCAAGGUAUACGCUAAUGAUUCGGAUUUUGCUGGAAAUGGAAAUGGGUUGAUCCUCUUCGACUUGAGUCAUCAAGGACAGCCUGAGAAGCAGUAUUUUGCUAUCGAUAGUAAAGAAGGUGUCAUCACGACAAUUGCUAAUCUGAAUUACGAGUCUCGCAAGAGUCAUAGAUUACUGGUCACUGCUAGUGAUUUAGGGUCUCCGGUUAGUCUGACAUCUACCGCAGUCGUGAUCGUUACCGUGUUGAAUGUGGACGACGACGAGGAAGAUGCGGAGAACGAGGUGCAGAAAACACCCUCUUUUAGACAUCGGUAUUACGAAGUAGAAGUUGAGGAGAACGUACCAGUGCCGAUUUUGGUCGCACAAUUAGAUUUAGCCGAUGGUCAGCAAAGCGAACACAUAAGAUACAGCAUCGUCGCAGACGACACGAAAGCGCGAGAACACUUCUCGAUCGACUCAAAGAACGGCUCGUUGUACCUGAUGACAGACGUGGACAGAGAGGUAAACGAUCGAUACGAGGCGAAGGUCAGGGUCGACAGGGUGAAGAUAGGUCGCGGGAUGUCCGUGAUGAUUUACCCGGUUGUUGGCGAAAGACUGAAUGGUCUAGCACCUAACGAGGCCAGGGUCGUUGUCAGGGUGAAGGAUGUUAACGACAAUGCGCCCAGAUUCAAAUCAAAGGGUCGACCCAUCCUCGCCGCGAUUCCUACCACUGCCCAUUAUGGGUAUGAGGUUGUCAAAGUGGAGGCAGAAGACCCGGACGAGGGAGCAAACGCCGAGAUCCGGUAUCAAAUUCUCGGACGGGAGGACGCGCCACGAUUUGCCAUUGACCCACUGAGCGGUCAAGUACGAUCCGUGGCGAGCUUUGGCCGUGACACUGGACGCGUUUUCGGCUUCGACGUGAAGGCCACCGACAGAAGGGGAGCCGAAAAUGGUCGCAGCAGUAUCGCCAAUGUCUUUGUAUACGUGUUGGAUGAUCAGAAGCAAGUCGUGAUGGUUGUUGGUCGGAGACCCAUUGAUAUCGAGCCGCAAUUGGAGAACAUCACCGCAAUACUACAAAAUGUGACUGGUCUGGACGUUCGAGUAAGGAAGCUAGAGCCACAUAUCGAAAGAAAUCUGAUCGAUGCUACAUCCACCGAUGUUUACCUUUAUGCGAUCGAUCCUCAUUUAAAUGUCAUGAUAGAUAUGGAUACACUGCACGACGUGUUCAACACAAAGAAAACGGAGAUCAAGCGCGAGUUGGACGAGUACGGCCUACUGGACAUUGCCGGAAACUCUCCGCGUCGGAAUAAUCAUCGUUACCUACUAUCUACCCUGGAAGUGGGUGCGGUAGUGCUUGGCUGUGUCGUCUUUGUCGGUGCCCUUGUUACUGCACUCUGCGUUACAUGCGUUCGCAGAAAUAAACGUCGCAGACGUCGGGAGAAAGCGAUGUUCUCGACCACCAGUCCGAUUGGAUUCGCUUUGGCAGAUCCGGCCGCCACGCUACAGAAGCCGCCUUUGUUCCCGACCUUCGUCGAUGGCCUUCAUUACGACCCUGAACCGUUCUGCACCGACAUGCCGAGGCGACAGAGCAUCUGUGAGCACGGAGCCAAUUGUGCCCGCUUCCACGCUGAACGCGAACAACACACGGCUCGCCGUGGAAUCGAACAAAGCCGCGACAGAAAGGGAAUUCCCAUAUGUUUCGCGAUGUCGAUGCUAGAGAGGCAAGGGGGUGGUUGCAGGAUGGGCGGUUGUAGUAAGCACGCCGGAAGGACGACAGGGACCCCGAAAGGACUCGAGGCAUCCGCGACGUCCUUGCAUUCCAGCGGUCAGGAUUCUGGGAUCGUGGCGCGCGCCUCCUGCCACUGCAGUCACUCGUCGAGCCCCUCCAGUGGCGAGAGCAGCAACGGGUACGAGGACUCUCUGAAAUCUCUACAGCGUCGCGAAAGGGGCAACGACAUGUCUCGUAGUAAUCACGAGAUCUCGAACGUGAUUGGAAGACGUGGGAAUCAAGCCACCUCGAAGAGACGACAACGGUUCAACUCGUUCUCGAACGGGGAAUCCGUUUACUCGCAGGAGAUGACGUUGCAGAGGGAGCAGCGUUGCUGCGUCGGAACGGAGAAGAGGCGAAAGAACGACGGGAUGACUCGCGAACAUCGACGUGCACAUUCCGAGGCGGAAAACAAUAUCACCGAGACGGUGAUACACGAACAUCCCGGAACCGAGAUCUCGCUGUCGAGCUCUUUGCAAAAUACGUCCACCCUUCACGGUGGCCUGUCAAGAUCUACCCACAUGUUGUAUUAACGACAAACGAGACUUAACGAAGGGAGGACUUCCAACGAGGAGCAAGAUUAUAGCCUUCCUGGCCAUGAGUUUUUUUUACUGCCCAUACCGUUGUUCGUCACUGGUCCACGGUUUUGUUAGGUGUUUCCGAUUUAACGAGCAAUAACAUUAAUUCCCUUUAACUGUCACUAUCGCGUUGCAGUUAUUUCGGAACAGGGAUUUUGUACGACUGAGAGGAGUUGUAUCUUUAAGAAGUUACCAAUUAACGAAACG